AUGAGCCUGUUUGGAACGACCUCGAAGUUUGGAAGCAACGGGAGCUCGGUGGGCACGUUCGGCAGCGCGGCCGCGGAUCACCACAACCCCAUGAAGGACAUCGAGGUGACGUCUUCUCCCGACGACAGCAUCGGCUGCCUGUCGUUCAGCCCGGCAUCCUUGCCGGGCAACUUCCUCGUGGCAGGGUCGUGGGCGAACGACGUGCGCUGCUGGGAGGUCCAGGACAACGGGCAGACGGUCCCCAAAGCCCAGCACAUCCACGCGGGGCCCGUGCUCGGGGUGUGCUGGAGCGACGACGGGAGCAAGGUGUUCACCGCCUCGUGCGACAAGACUGCCAAGAUGUGGGACCUCAACAGCAACCUCGCCAUUCAGAUCGCCCAGCACGACGCCCCCAUCAAAACCGUCCACUGGAUCAAAGCCUCCAACUACAGGUGUGUGAUGACCGGGAGCUGGGACCGGACGCUGAAGUUUUGGGAUACCCGCUCGUCAAACCCAGUGAUGGCCUUACAGCUCCCAGAACGCUGCUACUGCGCUGACGUGGUGUACCCCAUGGCCGUGGUGGCCACGGCCAGAAGGGGCCUGAUCGUCUAUCAGCUGGAGAACCAGCCCUCGGAGGUCAGGAGGGUCGAGUCCUCGCUGAAGUUCCAAAAUCGCUGCGUGGCUAUUUUUAAGGACAAGCACCACAAACCGAACGGCUUUGCCCUGGGGAGCAUCGAGGGGAAAAUCGCCUUCCACUACCUCAACGUCCCAAAUUCGGUCAAAGACAGUUUCACCUUCAAAUGCCAUCGUUCCAAUAGAGCCAACUCUUCAGGCUCCCAGGACAUCUACGCGGUGAACGGGAUGGCUUUCCACCCGAUCCACGGCACCCUGGCCACGGUGGGGUCUGACGGUCGCUUCAACUUCUGGGACAAAGAUGGCAGGGCAAAACUGAAGACUUCGGAACCGCUGGACCAGCCCAUCUCGGCUUGCUGCUUCAACCACAACGGAAACAUAUUUGCUUAUGCCUCCAGCUAUGACUGGUCCAAGGGACACGAGUUUUACAAUCCCAAAAGGAAAAAUUACAUCUUCCUCCGCAAUGCGGCCGAGGAGCUAAAGCCUAGGAACGGCAAGUAG